AUGGAAAAGCUGAAAGUGAAGCGACGCUCCCGACGACGACAGAACACCGUCAUCAUCAAAGAGGCAACAUCGGCGCUGGAAAGCGCUAGUGUUGAACAGCUCAGUGCCAUUCUGCAACGGCUGGAGGUUAACAACGCCGAUCUUCGAAAGAUCAACGAAGAAAUGGAAACCUGCCUGCCAGAGGACGCCUUCGAGGAGGAGUACGAAGAAAACAUCCAGUACGACGACAGGGCCAACCAAGCCAUCGGCCUCCUCAAAGCAAAGAUAGCGUCGGUGCAGGCGGGUGCCAUCACCGCCAGCAGCGUAGCAACACCUCAUCCGCCGCCCUCCCAGACUCACCAUCAUGGCGUCAAGCUACCAAAGCUGCGGCUGGAACCGUUCAACGGUGAGCUUUCCGCAUGGCAAGCCUUCUGGGAAUGCUACCGUAAAGCAGUACACGAGAACGAAGGGCUCUCGAAGACAGAGAAGUUCCAGUACCUAAGAUCACUGCUCACGGGACCAGCUAUGACAGCGAUAAGAGGGCUGCAGGCGACGGAAGCUUGCUAUGAAGAUGCCAUCGAAAUUUUGUAG